CCUCAAGUCUCCUCCGCCUCAUCUUCCUCUCAUCUCAUGAUCAAUUCAUUACUUCCAUUUUACUUCAAUCUCUAUACGCUGCAACCAUGAAAAAGAUCAACUUGAUCCUUCGGAAAUGCAAGAGCCUAUCAAGGCUGCAGCUAGUGAGAUCAUGUUCAUUGAGCAGCCUUCGGUCCAACUCUGCUAGGCAAGAAGAUUUCUGGCGCCGCCUCAAGGAAGAUGAUCGCGAUGAAUGUCACGAGAGCACCAUAAUAUACGUGGGAAGCACGAGGAAGCGGUACGUGAUUAACUCCAAGUACUUGGAUCAUCCUCUGGUGAAUGCAUUGAUAGAGAGAUCAAGACAAAAGCAUGGAGAGGACGAUGUGCUUGUGAUCAAGUGUGAGGUAGUUGUGUUCGAUCAUCUCUUGUGGAUGCUAGAGAAUUCGGAUCCAAAUCUCAACUUGGGUUCCCUUGAGGAACUUACCGACCUCUAUCUUAUUUGAAAUGUUACUUGAUAGGAUGCAGCAUUUUUUUUUUUUUUUGCUGGGAUUUUGAUCUUGUUAAUUUAAGGAAUUGAUUGACAAUUCUAAGGUUGUUUGUAAUCUCCAUGUAAUAAGAUCUUCAUUCUUGA